CGGUUUGUCAGCUGUUCAGUUCAAUAUGGAAAUGGAAUAAUAGGAUAGUCUGGCAGUGCCGUCAGUUCCGUGGAAUAGUGACCAUAUACUCACCUCCCCCCACUGACAAAACCAUUGCAAAAUAUUAUUUUUCAGAAGCCCAUAUAAACCACACAAUCCCAGCCCAAGUCCCAUGAUAAAAAUCCAAAAAAAACUCAAGAGUGAACAAAUUAUAUGCAAAAUCUAGCGCGCAACGUGGAUGUAUUGACGCAAGGACUUAAAUACAGUAUAUCUGGACUCAUGAACCUCGCAAAUCGAACAACUGAACCUCAGAGUGGUGCUUAUUUCGUAAACUUCAAUCAGGACUGCACAUCGUUGGCCGUUGGAUCAAAGUCCGGUUACAAGCUAUUUUCACUCAAUUCGGUUGACUAUUUGGAGAAAAUAUUUGAAAAUGAUUCCGAAGACAUCUUCAUCGUCGAGAGACUCUUCAGCAGCAGUCUUAUGGCGGUUGUUAAUUACUCAUCCCCGAGGAAACUUAAAGUUUGUCAUUUCAGGAAGGGAACGGAGAUUUGCAACUACAGUUACUCAAACACUAUUUUGGCUGUGAAACUUAAUAGAGCGAUUAGAUGGAAAACAGGAUGAAGUUGAUUGUGCCAGUGUAUCUACAUUAGGUGAUACAACAGCUGUGACACCUGCAGCCCCCAUAGUACAAAAUCCAGCCUGCAUAAAUAGCUACGCGGGUGCGUUGCGCGGCCGCUCGCCAGACUCCAUGUCAGAGUCGGAAAAAUACCACGAGAUGAUAGCAGCUACGGAGAGUCCACCGAAGGGAGGCGGGACCUUCCGACUGGACGAUGACACCGAAUUUCCACCAGUGACACAAAGAUUAACAGAUUGAACAAAUCAACUUCGAUAAUCUCGAAACAUAUCAGGCAAUGCGAGAAUUGGAAAAUGAGUGGAAUAUAGAUGAUAUGCUGAAAAAAGUCAAGAGAUACAGAGAAAAAAAUCAGUAGCAAAAAAAGUAAAAGAUAAUUGAACCUGACCAAUAAUUAACAUUAUUUCCAAAUCUAAGGAGGAUACCAUUGUUUUCAUAGGAAUCUUUUUUGCAGCUCUCAUUAAGUUCUACAAAAGAGGUCCCAAUGAGAAUUCCACUAUCUCUCUUCAAACUCGAGUUAUUCCUCGAACUAUUAAGUAUCACCUAAAUCCACUCGUUAUCCUUUACAUUUUUUGGCUGCUGAAUUGAAGUGGUCGAUUGAAAUGAACGCCCAUUCGAAAUCACUGGGGGUAAUUGUCCCUUCCGGUUCUAUCGACAACGUUUUUUCGGUAAUUAACGUUGCGCCUAAUGAGGGACUGAUUGAAAAAUGCAAAAAAAAAUGAAUAAAAACCAGAGAAACGACAAAAAAAAUUGAUAAGAGAAUUAACUCAGACGUUUGUUGUGUAUUUAAUUAAAAAUAUUUAGAUGAUUUAUCAUUGGUAAUCCGUGGGGUGACGAUCGGUGCCAAUUUGUUCGCAGAUCCACGUGGGUUCGAUGAUAAUUAGCAACAACGACGCGCUUCUGAUAUCAUUUGUGGAAUAAAGUGGAUGAAGUGGUCCUUCCGUUGUAGAUGAAUUUUCUCUUUUCGCGGGGCAAUUGGAGCUCCAGGCAGGAUUUAAUGUUCAGUAAUGAAUUUGAGAUGAAAGUUGGACACUUUGCGGUGACAAAUGAUAAUGAAAAUGAAGUGAUUGGGGGUAAUGGAGUCAAUAGAUCCACAAAAAAUGUGUCCUUUUGGCCGUUUUAUACUAACGCGUCUUUGUUUAGUGAAUGAAAAAAAUAAAACGACAUAGUUUUACUUUUAUAAAAA